AUGCCUGAGAGGGAGACUGAAUCAACCUUGGGAGCGCACUCCCCACAGCCAGAGUCUACUUGGAAGGAACACGCUGUCCAGUUGCAAGAGACACUUCAACAAGUGGAAUCCCACGUCGCAUAUCUCGAGAGCGAUCAGGUCCAUAGUCAUGUGGAGCUUGAAGCAACUAUAACAAUGCAUAAGGCAGAGGUAGAGGAGAUAAAAAAGAGAUAUGAGGAGGACCUUGAGAGAUAUUGCGACUGUAUUGACAAUUUGGAAGAGGAAGUACAAUAUACCACUGCAAUACUCGACAUCCAGAUGGACGACAUGGAGCAGCUUGAUGGGCUGACAAAUACUCAAAGGAAGGAGAUAGAGGACCUCAUUAGCCUCCACAUUCAAGAUGAGAUGGAGAGGUUCCAGGCUAAUGCUAUCAUCAGAGACAAAAUUGUGGACUUAAUGGAUCACACACUCUUGUAA